GUGACUAACUUGAACUAUUUUUAAACUAUUUUUACUGUUAAUUCAUAAGUUUUUUUCAAUUUGUUUUUACAUUUAAUUUAAUUUGAAAUACAUUAAGUUCAUACAAAAAAGUAUCCGUUAAAGUAUUUUUUAAUAAACUUAAAGAUGGCUCAUUCAAUGAAGAAGAUCAAUAUGAACAGUGUUUGUGUGAUGAUGGGACUCACAAGAGGAGUUAGUGUACGAAGCUUGGCUACAGGUCUUAACAAGACCGGAACACCAAAGAAGGAGCGCAUUUUGCCGUCCGAGGGGGAGGUUACAAAGUCAGUUUUUAUGUCCCAAUCUACUGAUAUCUAUACCAAUUUGGCUCUGGAAGACUGGAUGUACCGUAACAUGGAUUUUACAAAUCAUCAUGUAAUGAUGGUGUGGCGUAAUGAACCUUGUGUUGUAAUUGGGAGACACCAGAACCCCUGGCUAGAGGCAAAUGUCCCAUUACUAUCAGAGAGGGAAAUGGCUCUUGCUCGUAGAAAUAGUGGUGGUGGUACUGUGUACCAUGAUCGAGGCAAUCUCAAUGUGACUUUCUUCACACCUCGUGAACGAUAUGACAGGAAAUACAAUCUGGAAUUGAUUAAACGAGCACUCUUCAGAGGUUUUGGUAUAAAAUCCACUAUCAAUGAGCGACAAGACAUCAUUGUUCGUGAUAAAUUCAAGGUCUCAGGCACAGCUGCGAAGCUCGGUAGGCUGACAGGCUACCAUCAUUGCACACUUCUAGUCAACGCCAAUAAGGCAGAUCUCAGCAAGGCUCUUGCAAAACGUGAGCAUGGCAUACAGACGAACGCGACGGCCUCCACGCGGUCGGCGGUGGCCAAUCUCGCUGACGUGGACAACAAGAUCACAGUGGACAGCCUUCAAACAGCCCUUGGGUACGAGUACUUGCGCACGCCGGCCAUUAGUUUAGAAGAUGGCGGGCAGAACCAGAUCUCUAAACAACGAGGCUUCCAAUUUAUUAACCCCACUGACCAGUGGUUCCCAGGUCUUGGAGAAUUAAAAAAUGAUCUCAAAAGCUGGGACUGGUGUUUCGGCAGGACACCAGAUUUUACCGUUAGUCGCACUUUCCCAGUGCCUGUUGAGUUACUUGCGCCGUCCAAAAUCUAUUCAGCUACACAAGAACUCAUUAUUAACAUGACGGUUGUGAAAGGCCUCAUAAAUGAUGUCACUCUCAGCAUCCCACCAGGUCUCGUUGAAUCUGGCUUCCACGGUGAAGCUUCCGUCAUCACCCAUCUGAAAGGGAAGAGGUUUACAUCUGAAGCACUCAGUGCGCUUCAAGAAGCCAUGUUGACACGUCACUUGACAAGUGACGUUAGCAAAUUGGAUGAUAGGGAACAAUUUGUUGCUAAGUGUUUUGACCAAGUUGUUAACACUGUAUAAAUGUCUAUAACUUGAUUAUACAAUGUAUAGGUGCUAUAUGUAUUUUAUGUUGUAUUUUUAAGUCAUAUUAUUCCUGUAUAAUAAUAAUAUAGAAUAUUAUUACUAUAAAGUAACUUAAAAAUAGUGGUAGAUUAAGAUGUAGGACUCAGGGUCCUGUAUUGUAUAUAUUUGUAUACCUACUAAAAUAAUAUUUUUGUAGUAUCUGUAAAUAUUUGUCUCAACUGCAUGUAUAUGGUAACGAUCCUUCUUUAAUCAGAGCACCUAGUCAGUAUACAAUUUGUUCUGUUCAGUAAUCGUUAGUGCAUUAAACCUGGUAAUGUUAAAUUAUCUUAACUUUUAUAUAAAUAGAGCAUAGAAUGUAACUGACACCUGUACCAGAGAGCAUGUGAUUGUAAACGUGUUACAAUAGGGUAGCUAUAGAAUUGACUUUUAUAAUAGAAAUAUUGUAUAAAUUAAGUAAUGUUUGUAAAUAAAGACAAUAAUUAUUAUAGAAAGGAUGGUUAUCUAUGCAUUGCAGUUGACACCGUUAUAAAUUAUCGUAAAAAUUGUAAUCUACCUUCGUGUGUCUUAUACUACGUAGCUUCAUGCCUGUCUAUUAAUGUUUCUUCUUUGUAAUUUUUUCUUUUUGAUUAGUUUUGUGUUUGUUUUAAUCUGUCAAAUCUGCUUGUUACAUUUGUGUUCUUUAGUUUAGUGUUAUAUUAUUAAAUAGUUGGUGUGUACCGUAAUAAUGAUAUAUAAAUCUUACGCCCAUAAUAUAUAAAACGUUAAUAAUAAUCUAAAUUUUCCGUUUAGAAUAUGCUAAUGAUUGAUUAAUUAAUUAUUUUCCGAUUACCACAGAAGGAAUACACAAACGUUUAUUACACUAUUACGGUGCACACUGCGAGGUAAACACGCGAGUCGCACCCUAGUGCCGAACGCUACAAGAAUGCAUCAUAUCAUUUGAUUUAAUUAAAUUAUAAUUUUAUAACUGAAUUAACUUAUCCAUGUAAUGUUACUUAUCCAACAUUUCUGUAGCAUGUAUGUACUUUUGUAACAUUGUAUUUUAAUGUAGACAUCACUUAACAUAA